GAUAGGAUCAUAGGAAUCACACACAUCCAUUACAUUCAUUUACAUCUGGUCACACAGUCAACAAAAGUUACCAUAAUAUAUUCAAUCUUCAAAAGCAUAUCAGAUUUCGCUUGUAGGCAUGCAACAGUCAGUGUUUAAUUGGGUGCUGUAUAUAAUAUAUUUCUCUGAUUCAGUGCAAAGGGCUCUUCUCUUCUCUCAACACAUUGGUUUCUUUGUCACUAGCCCUUAAAUAAACAUAAGGCCUAACUUUCAAGUUGAGAUUAAGUUAGGCCUAAAGGAAAGGCCAUAACUCAUCAUUUGCAUUUGGAAGGAUGAGAGCUUUGAGAUUGAGUCAGUCUCUGUAUCUUACUCUCUUAGCUUUCUUGAUUGUGCUGCUAUGCUUCCUUCUGUAUCAUUGCCCUACAUCACUUCAAAAGGGUGUCAAAAAGGUGGUUCUGUUCAUGCCUACACCAACUUAUUACUCCAAAACUCAAGACUUGGACAAUGUGCUGAGGAGUGCUACCAUGCCAGAUAAAACAGUCAUCCUAACCAUGGUAGAUGAAUCAUUGGCAGGCCCUGGAUCUGUCCUUGACAUUUUACUACAAAGCUUCAAAUCAGGUGAAGGGACCCAAAGAUUGCUGAAUCACUUGGUGAUCAUAACCAUGGACCCCCAAGCUUUUGAGUACUGCAGGUCCAUUCACCCCUAUUGCAUCCACCCCUCCAUCUUUCCACAUCAUUUUGCCACCAAAAAACAAUCCAUUGUGCCAACCCCAGUUCACAGUUUAUUCACUUGGACAAGAAACGAUGUUUUGUAUGAAGUGGUUCGAUUGGGUUACAGCAUAGUUUUCACGGAUGCAGAUGUACUGUGGCUUAGGAGUCCACUUAUAAACUUAAAUCCAAUUAAGGAACUCACAAUUUCAUGUAAUAACUUGAAUGAUGGACAAAGAGGAGAUUACCUGUAUGAUGGGGGAAUCUUCUUCUUGAAAGCAAACGCCAUUUCCUUUGAAUUCUUCAAGCAUUGGAAAUUGAUCAAGGUUCUGUUUCCGAAAGAUCCCAUACAAGAGUCCUUGUGUACAACAAUACAACAAUGGCCAGAUGCAGUAGAAGCGUAUUCCUUUCGUGUUCAGCUUGUAAAUACAACCUAUUUUGGUGGCUUUUGUGAGCUGAAUAAGGAUAUGUUAAGGGAGGCUUAUACCAUUCAAGCUAACUGUUGUGAUGAUCUCAAAAGCAAAGUUCAUGACCUGAGGAUUGUUCUUGAUGAUUGGAUCCGGUUCAAAAACAGGGCAUCAGGGGACAAUGCUUUGGAUGGAAUGGCUUUGAGGUGGCCAGUGAAGUGCCCCAGAAGAAAUUAUAAUCAGUCUUGAACAGUUCUUAAGUGUUUAGAAAGAAUUAAUAUUAUAAAAAAGCACAUGCAGAUCUCUCCCUCCUCAUCCAAUCUUGCAGUUUGGCUGAGCUGAUAUGUUACUCUUUCUGCAACUUAAAUGCCUAUGUCUUAGGGAGCGUGAACAAGUUUUAUUAUUUUUGGUUAGCCUUUUGUAAAGCUCUUCAAAUAAAAAUAACUUUUACUGAUGAACACAAGUUAAUUACAUAAACUACUUUUAAACGGUUUUGUGAAAACCAGAUCGGACUGACCA